AUGGCCGACCACCCAGAUGUUCCCAACGCAAACAAGGCCUUUGUGCCACUGGACGUCUACUCAAUCGACGAACCCGACCUCCUAGCCUUCGUCCCGCGGCCCUCGCACGCCCUCCUCCUCGUCUUCCCCGUCUCGGCAACCUACGAAUGCUCCCGCACAACCGAAGACAGCACCCUCCCAGAAUACAGCGGCAGCGGACCCCAAGAACCCGUCAUGUGGUUCAAGCAGACAAUCCGCAACGCCUGCGGGCUGAUCGGGCUGCUGCACGCUGUCUCAAACGGCGAGCCGCGCCGGCACGUGCUCCCGGGUUCUGAUCUCGAGACUCUGCUCAAAGAUGCAGAAGCCCUGCCGCCUGUUUCCAGGGCUGAUCUUUUGUAUGAGAGUAAGGCGCUGGAGAGCGCGCAUGCUGAUGCGGCGAAGCGUGGGGAUACGGCGGCGCCCGAGGCGGAGGAUAGUGUUGAUUUGCAUUUUGUGGCGUUUGUUCGGGGGCUCGAUGGGACGCUUUGGGAGCUUGAUGGACGUCGGAAGGGCCCGCUUGCGCGGGGGAAGUUGGCCGAGUCGGAUGAUGCGUUGAGUGAGGCUGCGCUGGAGCUCGGUGUGCGUCGGUUCUUGAGGACGGAGUCUCAGGGUGGGAAUCCUGAUUUGCGCUUUAGUCUUGUUAGUCUUGGGCCUGUGUUUGAUUGA